CGGGCUCCGGGCGCGCCGUGCCGUGCCGUGCCGUGCCGUGCCUGCAGCACCGUGCCGCGGUGCCGUUCGCCGCCGAGGGCCGUGGUGCCGCAGGCUUGGUAGAACCGCCGCCGCCGCUGCCGCCGCACCGUCCGAAACCUGGAUUGCAGGAGCCCUUCACCAUGUCCGGCAGACUGUAGGUGCUUCAUGGAGCAAACCAACUUCUACGAGGUCGAUUCCCGGCCCCCGAUGAGCAGCAGCCAGCACCACCAGCUCCAGACUCCCCUGCCCGGCAGCGCCUACAGCUACAGAGAGGCUCCCUCGGCGGCGGCACCUGCUGCGGGCGGCGCGGAGCUCGGCGACAUCUGCGAGAACGAGAACUCCAUCGACAUCAGCGCCUACAUCGACCCCGCCGCCUUCAACGACGAGUUCCUGGCCGACCUCUUCCAGCACAGCAAGCAGCAGGAGAAAGCCAAGGCCAUCCUGGCCGGGGAUUUCGACUUCCACAGCAUGCAUGGGGCCGGCGCCGCCGCCUCGGCGCCGGGGCACCAGCAGCAGCACCACCAGCAGCCGCUCUUCGGCUGCGUAGCCGGCUACAUGGACGGCAAGCUCGACCCCCUCUAUGAGCGCAUCGCCGCGCCCGGCUUGCGGCCGCUGGUGAUUAAGCAGGAGCCCCGCGAGGAGGAGGAGGUCAAGUCGGCGGCCUUGUCGGCCCUCUACCCCCACCACGCUCCGCAGCAGCACCCGUCCCACCUGCAGUACCAGAUCGCCCACUGCGCCCAGACCACCAUGCACCUCCAGCCCGGGCACCCCACGCCUCCCCCCACGCCCGUGCCCAGCCCGCACCACCCGCACCACCCGCACCCCCCCGGCGGCCUGCCCGCCCCGGGCACCCUCAAGAUGAUGCCCGCGGACCACCGGAGCAAAUCGAAAAAGACAGUGGACAAGAACAGCAACGAGUACCGGGUGCGCCGGGAGCGCAACAACAUCGCGGUGCGCAAGAGCCGGGACAAGGCCAAGCAGCGCAACGUGGAGACGCAGCAGAAGGUGCUGGAGCUCACCACCGACAACGAGCGGCUGCGCAAGCGGGUGGAGCAGCUCACCCGGGAGUUGGAGACUCUGCGGGGCAUCUUCAGGCAGCUGCCCGAGAGCUCGCUGGUGAAGGCCAUGGGCAGCUGCGCCUAGCGCCGCGCCGGGACUGGCGGCGCCGCCCUCGCUCACCUAUAGAUACUAUACGUACCAGAGCGCAGCGAUCUCAGAUUGUUUCGGGGGGGCGGGGGGGAGGGGGUUGGGGGGUUUGUUUUGUUUGGGUUUUUUUUUAACGAUUAACGACCAAUACCAGAAGCCAGGCAGCUGUAAUAUUAAAAGGUUUGUGCCUUAGGGAUGACACGCGAAAUAAGCUGAAACAUGGUGGGUUUUGUAAGGUGAAAGGCGAGGGGAAAGAAGAAAUUAAAAAGCCCACGUGUCUACACAGGGUAAAUAACAAUAAUAAUGACAGUAACGAAGCAUCCAUAGCAAUCCAGAUGUGCCUUAAAAACUGGCUGCAGGAGCUCUGGGGCUUUCUGUGCCCCCCAGCCUGGCAGGGUUUGAGGGAGAAGGGUGAGGGCUGGGGUGCCUGGGGGUGCCGGCCAGCCCCCCCCCCCCCCCCCCCCCCCCGGCCCCAGCUGGCCUGUGGUGCAGUAGGCAGGGGCAGCAGUGGCGAGGCCGGUGAGGAGCAGAGGGCUGAGGCCGAAAGACGCGCAGCACCAGACGCCUAGUUUGGAGCGCUGAGGUGCGGGACAGCUGCCGGACUGCUACCAGGACUGUCCCAGCCUGGCUGGGCUGCCUCUGCCAAGCCCUGUCCCCUGCAUCGGCUGGGAGUGGGGCAGAGGCCACCGCUGCUGCGUGGCCAAUGGACAGCCUGGGACUGAUGGAACAGCAGCUUGCAGGGGAGCACGGUGAGCUCCCUCCAUCAAAAGGAAGAGCAGCAGUGUCUUGUACUGUAUGUCACAACGUGGCGAAGCACAAGUGAAUAAAUACCUAUUGAUGCGGGUAUUUACUAUGAACUUUCAGUGUAUUUUGCUUUAUUCCAGGACAUUUAGCUCCUCUCCAAGUCUCUGUCUGUCCAAGCUGUGCCUCAUGUAAUGUGAAAGCCUUUCCGUGUAUACUAGCUACACUUUAUUUUUAUUGUAUUACUUAGAUCUUUGCCAUCACACGACUUUCUUACCUGGUGACAGAGACUAUGCCCUUGUGCUGCAAUGUUAUUUUAUUAUUUGGAUGGGUGGGUGAGUGUGAGUGUGUGUUGCCACCUUCAUGUUGUCCUGGGCCGGCUGCUGCCUCCCGACCCCCAGGCAGGGGUGCCUGGAGGGGAGUGCGGGGCUGCAGGACGCCUGCGGUAGGGCGAGGAGGCUCGUCCCUGGUGCUGCAGCACCUUUGGACUCUGGAGCUUCUCGCAGGGUGAGAGAGAAAAAUAAACAAACAAACAGGCCCCUUUCCAGGGAGCCCUGGUAGCCGUGCAGAAUGUUUCUUCCUCAUGUUGUAGCUGCACAAGAAUUUGUCCGGUUAGAAAUAGUCACGAUGGGAGAAAACAAGGCGGAGACAUGAAGCUGUCCGAAAGCGUGACAGUGGGAGCACAGUGCUGGGGGCGUGUGUAUGCAUGUGCUGUGUGCGUAUGCGGGGUGUGUGUAUGGGUAUGUAUACAUGUAUGUAUAUGCACACAUUGGUGAGUUUUUUUGAAUUUUGGGGCGGGGGGGAAAGACCGCAUAUAAAGUUUGUCAGAAGUCCUGGUUAUGUUCAUAAAUAAACAGCAUAUAUUCUACCAUAA